CCAACGUAAUCAGAAACGCCGGCUGCUUCUUCCGCGCAUCUCCUCCUUCCUUCUUCGGUUCUUCCCCGCUGCGGACAUCGUGCCUCUCACCGAUCCCUGUUUCAAAUGAACUCCACAAGAACCCUAAUGGCUCGCUCCGCCCUCUCCUAUGCUUUCCACUUCAGCCUCUCCCUGUCCCAGCGAUUCUUCCCCUCCAACCGAUCGGUUUCUGCCUUCGCCGCCGCCACUUCCUCCUCUUUCCCUCCCUUACGCUCUCUGGGGUUAUCAUUUCGUUUAUCGAACUCCUACUCCCGCAAACCUUUCUCGUCCCAGUCUUCCGCAGCUGCUCACGUCGAAGACCCCUUUGACACCUCAGACGACACCGUGGAGGACUUGUUGACGCGUAGAAACGACCGCAUCGAGCGGAUGAUGAAGAUGGAACGCAGGUCCGAAUCCGAGGGCGACCGUUCAUGGCGCCGUUUGUUCCCAUACCGAGACAUCUUCAGGUCAGGCAGCAUGGCGCUUGGCAGCCGGGAGGUGAUAGAGGUGCUGGACCCGUACAUGAUGGAUACCAGAAAGAAUCGAAUCCAGAGGACGGUCGAGAACCGGAGCUAUUCAUUGUGCCUAGUGGUCGAAGGGCUUACGGAUUUCGGGAACGUAUCUGCGGCAUUCCGGUCGGCGGACGCACUUGGGAUCCAGUCGGUUCAUGUGAUUUCGCAGGGAAGUAGCAAAAGGUAUCGUGAUAAUCGUCAUGUUAGCAUGGGCGCGGAGAAGUGGCUGGACAUUGAACUCUGGAAUUCACCUCUAGAUUGCUUUGGAGCUCUAAGAAAACGUGGUUAUCAAAUCGUGGCAACUCAUUUAGGGAUUGAUUCGGUUUCUAUAUAUGAGAUGGAUUGGUCACAUCCAACUGCAAUAGUUGUGGGAAAUGAACACAUGGGUAUAACAGAAGAGGCUUUGAGAUUAUCUGAUUUGCACUGUUGCAUUCCAAUGAAAGGGAUGGUAGAUUCUUUCAAUGUUUCAGUUGCCGCAGGCAUCCUGAUGCACCAUGCUGUCUGUGAUAAAAUCUCUCGUCUGGGUCAACAUGGGGAUUUAACAUCUGAAGAAAGUCAGAUUCUACAAGCAGAAUUUUACUUACGGCAUAGAGAAAGUAUGAUUGGUAUUGUUGAUGAGUAUGCAAAAAGGAAGAUGGAAGGUAUCCUUGGCAAACUAUAAAAGCUGUCUCUUAGGCGGCAGAGUAGCUUGAGCUGGAUAAAUAUCCAGAUCCGACUUUUCACAAUAUUUAUUCUUUGGAGUGCCUGUGAUCAACAUCCUUUAUUUGCAUCAGCAUGUGUUGGCAUGUCACAUGUGGGGCUCCACAGGGCAAGUGCCCUCUGCUGAUUUCAUGUUCAUCGCAUCUGCUGCAGUUCAUCAGACCGAUAACAUUAAAGGAUAUAGGAUAUUAGGAUUUAAUGUUUCCUUCCUGUGUAGCACUGCAGAGGCAUAUUCUUUAGCAUCAGAUGAUUUGUAGUAACUCAUUGUGUUGAAGGUGUCAUCAACAUAUAUAUUCUGGCAAUUGCAACUGCUAGAAUUAGUCAUUUGUUGUUUUAUAUCUCGAAGGCAUUAUAUAAAUUGAAUUUGCUGGCUUUCAGUUUCUGGAGGUGAUUUGUUAAAUUAUUUUGACUGGAGAAGAAUUCUUCUGUGAGAGACAAUAGAGAAUUGUAUCAUCAAUUCCUACAAUUCAUUUUAGGAUGGACAUCCUUUUAAGAGCA